AUGCGUCUUUGGUCAGCGGUUGUGCUCUCGACUGCGAACCCAGCGGUCGUGAGUUCGAUUCUCGCUACGACCACGAAGAUUUUUGAAGACCUUAUACAAUACUGCAAUGAUAACUCAGGCAACUGCAAGUUCUGCAAGUCCUCGGGAUCUGCUUCACCGGUCUACAUCCCCGCCAUCAGGCAGACUCAAAUCCCGUUUACGAUCUGCUCCACGGUCUUCAAUUCUGCGGGUCAGGUGGUGGCCAGAGGAUGCACCACCGAAACUGAUGAGCAGACUUGUCUGAAUGAUGCCAACUGCCUGUUGUGCUCACCUGGUGAUAUUAGGAACUGCAAUGCUGCCAACAUCUCCGAGAGCUCUAGUGUUGGAAAUCGCUUCAUUCGUUUCCUAAGAUAA